UUCAUCUCAUUUGAACAUAUCAACUCAAAAGUACCGCUCGAAAACAAUCCGAAUCCGAAAUUAAAUCAUCGGAUAGAUUCAAACGGAAGAACGAAAACGUCCGUUAAAAAGUACAUUCAGUUUUUCAUCGUUCAAGAUUCAGAAGUGCAGUCGAAAAACAAUUCAUCUUAAUAAAAUCAUCCACCGGGGAUUUUUGUGCCGUUUUCGUUUAUUAUUUCAUUUUUCUCGCGUUGAAUAUUGCGUGCGACACAGAAAUCAAGUCGUAAUCGCCGAUAUACGAUGAUUUAACCGGAGAACGAGUAAAUAAAGAACAUUCAAAUCUUGAUGCGAGAAUCCCACUUUUUAUGCAUUUCAAAAUUGAAAACAUAUACAACAAUUGAAAAGCAACAGAACUAACGGUGCGCCCUUCAGAGACUAUGUGUUUGAGAUAGAAAUUGUAAAUUUAGCAAAAUUGUGUGUGAACGAAUUGGUUUUGUGCGUAUCGUUUGAGUGGAAAGGGUAGAAGUAUAAAGUAAAUCCAACCAAUUAGGAUCGGGUGAUUGAAGUAUCAUUAAAUUUAGAGCGAAAUAGUCAAAAUUCUAAGAACGAAUUCUUUUUCGGCAAAAAAUCAAUUUGAAACAAUUAAGUAAAGAAAAGUUUUUGAAAAAUUGCCGUUGAACAAUGUGGAAAAUAAUCGUGUUGGUAUCAAUUGCUGUUGGAUUAUAUUUAUUGGAUAUCGAUACCGUGAAUGGCCAAGUGGAUGGAUAUAUAGCCGGAAUAGAUUAUCCGGCCUAUGAUACGGUGCCAAAGGGAUUGUCAUUCAGUUGCAAGGGACGAUUGCCUGGUUACUAUGCCGACAUUGAGACGCGUUGCCAAGUUUGGCAUUGGUGUCUCUUUUCCGGCACAAUAUAUUCAUUCCUCUGUCCCAAUGGAACGGUAUUCAAUCAAGCGUAUCGCGUUUGCGACUGGUGGACGAAUGUAGACUGUCCGUUUGCGGCAUCACUUUAUCGAAACAACGAAGAGUUGUAUCGUGAUCCUAAUACGAAUGCAGUAUGAUAUACGAAUCGAGACGU